UUUUGAAUUUUUGAAAAAAGAGCGGCCAGUGGGCCUUUUUGGUUUUGAAUAUCAGCUCCUCUUCAACGUCUUGUACAAAACAAAAUUUAAUAUAUAUUAUUUUCUAAAACCAAAAAUAUAUGUAUUUUUUUAUUUGAAUUUACUUUUAGUCUUCUCUCUCUUUUCUUUAUCUUAAAACAUUUCUAAUUUUCAAUAAAAAAGAAAAAACAUUUCAUACAUUUUGUCCAGAAAAAAAAAAAAAUAUUAGGAUACAUGUAUAUAUAUAGUGUUAAAGCUUUAACGGGUGUCUUCGAUUUUGAGUUAAAUAUCUAAGAGAGCUAUAGAUCCAACUUCGACUUCAUUCAAACUUGCAUCUAAUGGAGUCGCUCCCUGAUGCAAUGGUACACACUGUAUUAUCAUACAUGAAUAAUGCCCGAGAUGUGGCAAUUUGUAACUGUGUAUCUAAGCGUUGGAAAGAUGUUAUGCCUUAUAUUAGUAGGCUCUACUUCCCUCGCAAUUGUUUUGAUAAUCUUUCGGGCAGUGACAGCCCUGAUGAAAUUGUUUUGAGGAUGGUUUCCUCGAUCGAAAGGUUAGAAGAGCUUGUUGUUUAUAGUCCAUUCUCAGGUGCUGGCCUCUCCUCGUGGCUAUCUGUAAUGGGUUCCUCUCUUAGGCAGCUUGAGCUUCGGAUGGACAAUCUAACUGAACAGCAGGGUUGUCUUGAAAGCCCCUCUAAGUUGGAUUGUAUAAGCUUUGCAAAGAAUUUGGAAUCUCUUAAACUUUGGGGUGUCUUAAUAACCCAACCUCCCAAGUGGGAAGUUUUUCAAAAACUUAAAAACCUUGAAAUUGUUGGUGCAAGAUUGGACGACCUAGCAUUGUCAGCGCUGCUAACAAUGUGUCCUUAUUUGACCAAUUUGCUGCUGCUUGGUUGUGAAGGAGUUAGAUCUGUAUCAAUUGAUUUACAAUAUUUGGAGCUGUGCAAGCUUGAUUUUUAUGGCUUGGGUAACUGCUCAUUUUCAAUGAACUCUCCAAAAAUUGAAGUUCUUGAGGUGCAAGGUUGUAGUUGGAUCCGGGUUCGCGGGACAGAGUACUUGAAGAACCUCUCAAUUGCCAACAAUGCAGGGAGAGUCUACAUGGUUGAUUUUGGAAAGCUUGUGGCUCUGGAAUUCUUAUCCAUUAGAGGAGUCCAAUGGUGUUGGGAUGCAAUAUGCAACAUGCUUCAAUGGGCAAGCGAGGUGAAGCACUUGUUUAUGAAAGUCGAAUUCACGGGAGAUUUUGAGGUACUUCAGCCCUUUCCAGAGAUUGAUUUUGUUGAGUUCUUCAACAACCAUCCAAAGCUUCAAAAGUUUGAUAUUCAUGGAGCCAUGUUCGCAGCUCUUUGUCAAAAAAACAGCUUGAAAAGGAUUAAUAGGGGCUUUGUAAUUCCAUGUUUGGAGGAAGUGGCCAUCACAAUUCGAUCGCCAUUGAAUGCUGAGCAGAAAAUGAGCACACUAGAGUCGUUUCUAAAGUUUGGGAAAUAUCUAAAGGCAAUGACAAUAAAGAUUCUUCAGAUGAAGAGCAAUCACAGCAGUGCAGAUGAUUUUUUUGAUGAGAUAUGCAGGUUUAGAUACAUGAACCGGAAGAUUGUUCGAAUUGAAUAACGGCUCAUUAAAUCUAAUUCCAUGUUCAAUUUAUCAUUCAAUUUCAAGUUUUUUUUUCUCUAAUUUAUCAAAUCUCUAAUCAACUGAACUAAUAGUUUGGUUCAAUUUGAAUUCAUAAUUGUUUUUCUUUUCUUUUUUAAUCUCUUGAGAUUGGUGAUAUAGCUCUGAUUGAAGAAGAUUGAUCACUUUCAAUAAAA